CCACAUUUGCACCCAAUGAAGAGCCCAAAUUCCCUCCCAGUCCCUGAUGAAUAUACUUUCACUUUCACUUUCACACACAUCGCCAAAAAAUUCGCAAAAACUUUCCCAAUAAUUCUCCCUCCUCCCUUCCGUCGCUCCACUUCCGCCCUUUCAAAUUGCUCCCAUCUCGAACUAAAGAAGUGUCAAGCAACCAUUUUGUCAUCUCUUUGUGAGGAAUCUUGAUCUGGGCUGUUGUUUAUAUGCGAUGAGUUUAUGGGUUUUUGUAGUUUUGCUAUUUAAUGAAAUUGAGGUGUGUAGUAGUUUUAGUUGGGUGUAGUGGGAUAGAGUGAUGACGCCUCAGCCAAGAAGGAAGAAAUGGACUGAGGCGGAAGAGAGGACUCUUAUAGAUAAGUAUGGCGAGAUGGCUUGUGAUGGGACUUUAUCUAAGAUGAAAACUAGGGAGAAAAAAUACAAACCUAUUGCUUUACAUGUGAAUUCUGUGCACCAUGUUUUAGACCCGGUGUCGUAUCCGUGGCAAUGGAGUUGGAAAGAUGUGUCUACCAAGGUGCAGAAUAUGAGGCAUCAGUAUGCCCUAGUUAAGCAGAAGAUCAAGAAGCCCGAGUCUUCGAUUAGGGGGUCGGGCGAGGAUGAGUUUGAUUGGAUGGAAGGUAUUACACACUGGUCCAAUUUUCUUAGGUACAAGGAAGUGUUUGGGGAUGUGCCACUUGUGUUUGCAAGUAAUGAUGGGGUUGGAGGGGGUAAUGAUUGUUAUGAAGGGGAUGGUCAUGAGAUGGAUAUCAUCCCAUUCGGGCAGCUGGGGCAGGUUGGGGAAGGGGAUUUCGUGGGCGGGAUUGAUGGGGUUGAGAAUGGGGUGAUGGAUUUGGAGUUUGAUUAUGAUGGGGAGGAGGGGGAAGACAAUUAUAAUGGAGGGAAUAAGAGUGAUGCUUGUAUGAGGGAAGAUGGUGGUGCGCGAUUUGUGUGCGAAACUGUAGAGCCGAUGUCUUCGGAUAUGAGGAAGAAGAGGAAGGUAUUGAAAGGGAUGGAGAAGAAAGCAUGGGGGUUUCUUUUUAACCAGUUGGGGAACUUGAAGGAGAUGGAAGCUCGGAGUGAGCAGCGUGAGGUGGAGAGAGAGCGGGAGAGGCAAAGAAGGGACCAACUCCAGAUGGAGAUGGAGAAAGAGCGUGAGAGGAAGUGGGAAGAGAUGGAGAAGGAUCGAGAAGUUAGGGAGAAAAAUAGGGACAAGUUCAGGAGGCAGUGGAUUCAAGAAUGGGAAGCUAUGGAGAGGGAGAAUGAAGAGCGAGAGAGAAGGAGAAGAGACGAAGAGAUAAGGCACCAAAGGGAAUGGGAGGAGAGGAUGAACCGCAGGAGAUCAGAUUGGAAGAAAAGGAUGGAUGAGAUGUUGAGUCAACACCGAGCUGAAAUGGGCCAGAUUCAGGCAAGGAUAAUCCACGAGCAACAAAAUCUUACCAGUCAGUUAAUCGGAAUUGUUUCACAGUGGACUGGUCAUCCCUCUGCACUUUCUGAUCACGCUGGAGCAAGUAGCCAUUAUAUGUCGCAGAUGAUACAGAACAUGCACCAUGUGAAUGGUAUGGUUCAUGGUGAUGCACGGGUCGAGGGGGAUAACCAAGAAGAUCAGUUCAUUGUUGAUGGUUAGAGCCUCAACUGAGCAGAACUGCAGGGCGAAGGAGCUUGAAGCACUGAAGUAUUAGAGGUUUGUGAUUUUCCAAAAGAAUCGAUACUCCUAAUUAGAUGUCUGUAUUAUAGCUGUGUAGUCUAUAUUCUUUGCUUUUUUUUCCACCUGGAAACUCCCUUGAUCUGAUCUAGUAUAGCAUACAAUAAUUUAUUCCUCAAUUUUUUUGUUGUACCUUGGGUUGAAUAACAAUUGUCCAAAAUAAUUUCAACCUGAAAGCACUUGACAUCACUUCAUGACUACAUUAUUACCCCUACGAUUUGUUUGUUUUAA